GGGAGCAAAAAUCCGACCAUAGUUAUGGCACAGGAUAAGCAAACACACCUGACCCUCUUAAUUUUGCUAAAAUAUUUAUUUUUAAAAAAGCAAAACAAAAACCAGCUCUGGUGUUUUGUUUCUCUGUCUUCCUAGUUUUCCACGACGUUUGAGAGGAAUCGGAAAACAUGGCAACAGCCAUACUUGUUAUCGAAACCUCUGUUCUUGCUUGAAAAUGGAGGCUCGCAGGCUUUCCAUUCUCUGUUCCCAUAUAUGCCCCGGUCCGACUCCGGCUCCGGCCCGACUAGUUCCCGUUCCCGGCUCCAGUUGCGACUCUGGUUUCAGUAACAAGCAGCAACCCGGUGAUUCCAACAAGGGGAAUCGCCAAGACAACUGCGUUUUCUGCAAAAUCAUCCGCGGUGAAGCACCGGCUUUCAAGCUUUAUGAGGAUGAUAUUUGCUUGUGUAUAUUGGAUAUAAAUCCCCUGAGUCGUGGGCAUUCUCUUAUUAUCCCAAAAUCUCAUUUUUGUUCGUUGAAAGCCACACCCCCAGAUGUGGUAGCUGCAAUGUGUUCAAAAGUGCCCUUUAUCAGCAGUGCAAUCAUGAAAGCCACUGAUUCUGAUUCAUUCAACUUGUUAGUUAACAAUGGUAUAGCUGCAGGCCAAGUUAUAUUUCAUACUCACAUACACAUAAUUCCGCGCAAGGCACUUGAUUGCUUAUGGGCUUCUGAGAGUUUGCAGAGGCGGCCGCUGAACUUAGACCAGGAAGCCCCUCGACUUGUUGAUCGAGUUCGAGAGCAAUUAUCAUUACCCGACGACUCUGAAGAUAGCAAGGGUCAAGGAUCUAGUCUUACCAGAAACUAGAGGCAUAUUUCAUCCGAUUCCGUCGUCGUAAUUUACAGUGUACAAUUCUGUAAAAUAUCCAUAUUUUAAUUCUUUCAAAUGUUUUGCAUGACUUGCAGAACUUUCCUUGUUUCAUAUAUAUACCACUGGUUUACAGUGACACCCCCAUCUAUAUAUGAUAUGUUGCAUAGUUUUUGAA